GGUCUGCUCGACAGCAUAAGGAACCGCUUCAGGAAGUCGGUCCCAGGCGUUUAUCUGGACAACUUCACUUGAGCUUCCUGGCACUCGGACGCCACCCCGCGAUGAGCACAAUGGAGAGAGAUAUCGAAAAGGUUGCUGGUAGUCAGCCCGACUCGCCGACUACCAAGUGUGAGUCAGGCGAUGAUGGCCAUGACCCUAGGUUCGAACCAAUUCGACCAGGAACAGGCGCAAGGAGUAGCAAGUCUCUUAGCCGGGAGUUAUCUAACAACGGAUUCGGUUGUGACGACGUGGAAGAGGACGGCGGUCAACCGGGACCGGACAGGCCAUCAGAAGGCGACCGGUUCGAAGUUGGCUGGGAAAAUGGCGACGAAGACCCUCUCUGUCCGCGGAGCAUGAAGAAGUGGAGGAAAUGGUCAAUUGUCAUCAUCACCUCUUGUGGUAGUUUCUGCGUUACCAACGCCAGUUCCAUCUACACGUCCACGUACGCCCAGAUGGAUGCCGAGUUCGGCAACUCGCGCCUCGUCGCCACGCUCGGCCUCUCAACCUUCGUCCUGGGCAUAGCACUCGGCCCGUUCUGGAGCCCGCUGGCCGAGUUCUACGGCCGCCGGCCCAUCUAUCUGGCGGCCUUCCUCGCCUACCUGAUCUGGAUCAUCCCCUCGGCGGUGGCGCAGAACAUCCAGACCAUGAUCGUCGCGCGCUUCUUCCAGGGCCUGGCGGGGAGCGCCUUCCUGUCCGUGUCGGGAGGCACCGUCGGCGAUCUGUUCGCGCGCAAGGAUAUGCAGGCGCCCAUGUCCGUCUUCACCAUGGCGCCGUUCAUCGGCCCGUCGAUCGGGCCGCUGAUCGGGGGUCUCAUCAACAGCUACACCAACUGGAGGUGGACCCAUUACGUCCUGCUCAUCUGGAGCGGCGUUCUCCUGGUUGCGCUGGCUCUGUUUGUGCCGGAAACCUAUCAUCCUGUCUUAUUGAAGAACAAGGCUCGCAGAAUCAGAAAGGAGACCGGCGACAAGAGGUGGAAGGCGCCGAUCGAAAAGUCCAACAAAUCGAUGCGCCGGACGGUGGCGUACUCGCUGCUGCGGCCAUUCCAACUCCUUGCCCUUGAGCCCAUGUGCCUGAUCCUGGACCUUUACUCGGCGAUCCUCCUUGGUAUUAUCUAUCUUUUCUUCGGUGCCUUCCCGCUGGUCUUCGGUACCAACCAUGGUUUCAACCUCUGGCAGAUCGGCCUGACAUUCUUGGGCUUGCUCGUCGGUAUGGUGGCUGCUGCCCUGUCAGUCCCUAUCAUGCGUAAGAUUCGAGAUGGGUUGGUUGCCAAACGCGAGAGGGAGACAGGAGAGAGUAAGCCGGAGCCCGAAGAUCAGCUACCGCCGGCCAUUGUUGGUGCCCCUUUAAUCACUGCUGGCAUCUUCUGGUUUGGAUUUACCACAUAUCCCUCGAUACAUUGGAUCGUCCCUAUCAUUGGGUCCGCCGUGUUUGGCUUUGGAACCCUCUUAGCAUUUACUGGUAUCUUUUCGUUUCUUGUCGAUGCAUACCCGCUGUACGCGGCCAGCGCUCUGGCGGGCAAUGCCUUCGUGCGCUGUAUCUUUGCAGCUGCCUUCCCCCUAUUUGGAAUACAAAUGUACGAGAAGCUGGGUUUCCAAUGGGCAACGGGCCUAUUGGGCUUCCUGACAGUAGCUAUGCUGCCGUUCCCUUAUCUGUUCUUCCGUUACGGGAAGAAAAUACGAAGUUACAGCAGGUUUGCAACAACAGCAUGAGGGAACUGGGGGAGGUCAAUGGGCGCGGAAGACUGGGACAGUCCGUUCGUGUUGAAAGCUCGACAGCUAAAGGGGAGACGACGCAGGGGUCCUGCGGUUGCAGACAUGGCCAAACUUUGGGCCAGUCUGGAAGUACCAUCGACCUGCUGGGGGCGCGUCUAGUCCACAAGGAGGUUGCUCGACAACUUACGGAUAUGAUAUUGAUGAGUAUUACCUAUACUCUUUGGAUGGGGGAAAUUGUGUAAUACAUCAGAUGCAAAGGCUGGUUCAUAGAAGCAAGGACCAGCCUGGGGGCUAAUAAGCCUUGCUCAGAGCCACUGAACUCGGGGCAAGCUGAAAAACCUAAUGUGGAAUCAAGAUAACAUCAACUAGGAGAAGAUAAUGAGGAAAAUAAGUGCUUGUGAUGGAAUGCCUCGGUGUCAAGGACUGAGAAAGUGCUUGUGAGAUACGGAUGUACAACCAAUAUGAUUAGGCGGUUGCAGGGUUAACACAUGC